AUGGCGGAAGAAAUCGAGAAAUCUGUGCCGGCGGAGGAAUCUCUGAUGGAGAAGAUUGCCGAGAAGAUUCACCAUCACGAUUCGUCGUCGUCGUCUGAAUCCGAGUACGAGAAACCGGAUUCGCCUUCGGCUGUGAAAGCGAAGAUCUAUCGUCUCUUUGGAAGAGAGAAGCCUGUUCACAAAGUUCUCGGUGGUGGAAAACCUGCUGAUGUGUUCUUGUGGAGGGAUAAAAAACUGUCAGCUGCUGUUCUUGGCGUCGCAACUGCUAUUUGGGUGUUGUUUGAGCUCGUUGAGUAUCAUUUGUUGAGUCUUUUGUGUCACGUUUCGAUACUCGCUCUUGGAGGCUUGUUUUUGUGGUCCAAUGUCCACACAUUUAUUAACAAGACUUCACCUAAAAUUCCAGAAAUCCAUGUUCCUGAGGAGGCUUUCGUUGUGAUUGCUUCUUCCUUGAGAAAUGAAGUAAACCAAGCGUUCGUUAUCCUACGAAGCAUUGCUUUAGGAAGGGACCUGAAGAAGUUCUUGAUGGUUGUUGUGGGUCUAUGGAUCAUAUCGGUGGUGGGGAACUGGUGCAAUUUCCUGACACUGGUGUACAUAUGCUUCGUGGUGUUGCACACAGUGCCAUUGAUGUAUGAGAAACAUGAGGACAAGGUUGAUCCAUUGGCAGAGAAAGCGAUGAAGGAGUUGCAGAAACAGUACUUGGUGUUUGAUGAAAUGGUUAUUUCUAAGAUUCCCAUUGCUUCUCUCAAGGCGAAGUUGGGUUAA